AUGAUUGCCAAGUCUCCAGUCGAUCAAUCGCAUAUCAACCUCCAGGGCGGAUGGCCCACGCCGCGUUUGCAUCCGGUCGAGGCGCUAGAAUCUGCAUCUGCCGCAGUCUUCCGCCAAAAUGACAUCAACAAGCAGCUCCUCUACGGCCCUGAACUAGGAAGUAACAGCCUACGAGAGUCAAUCGGGAAAUGGCUCAACGACUUUUACGCUCCAUCCGCUGGGUCCAUCCCAAGCGAGCGCAUCGCAAUCACAAAUGGCGCCUCUAACGGACUGGCAACUAUUCUGCAGAAGUUCACGGACCCCAGCACACGCGCUGUCUGGAUGGUUGAGCCAACGUACUUCCUCGCUUGUCCUAUUUUCAGAGAUGCUGGUCUGAUGGCGCGCAUCCGUGGCGCACCUGAGGGUGAAGAUGGCGUGGACUUGGACUUUCUAGCUAAAGCUCUCCAAGAACUCGACGACGAAUGGCCGGCAGACGCGUCUUUACCGCCAAGAAAGCUUGCAAAGGCUGUUUACCCAAAGAUCUACAAACACGUCAUCUACCUCAUCCCGACUUUCUCCAAUCCAAGUGGAAAGACUAUGGGAAUCGAGAACAGAAGGAAGCUUGUGCAGUUGGCACGCAAGCACGAUGCAUUGAUUGUCAGCGACGACGUGUACGAUAUGCUGAGAUGGUAUGCAGACGACAACGGCGAUACUUCGUCUGGGGAAAUACCUCAGUGUCAACCCCGAAUUGUGGAUGUUGAUCGAGAUAUGGAAGGUGCUACUGUAUUUGGAAAUUCUGUGAGCAACGGAUCAUUUUCCAAGAUCGUGGCCCCAGGUAUGAGGGUGGGCUGGCUAGAAGGCACCCCGGACUUUGUUGCCGCGAUGGGAACAGUCGGAGCAAGCGUCUCUGGGGGUUGCCAAAGUCAUUUCGCGUCACUCGUGAUAGACAGGAUGUUGCAGAACGGAGUUAUGACAACACACAUCAACGAUUGUCUUAUUCCAGUCUAUCGCGAGCGCUACCAUGCCUUGACCAACGCCAUCAAACGUUGCCUUUAUCCUUUAGGUGCCAGGGUGGUUGCUGAGAAUAGCGACUCCAAUGUGGCCGGUGGCUUUUUCCUUUACGUCUCCUUUGGGAAGUUCACAGGUGCGAAAAUAGCGCAGGUUGCACUACAGGACUUCAAUUUGAAGAUUGCUCCUGGAUCAAUAUUCGCGGUGCCUGAUGACCCAUUGAGCAUAAGCAGGGGGGAAACUUCAUACUUCAAUGGUGCAAGAUUGUGCUGGGCCUGGCACGAAAAGGAAGAACUUGUGGAAGGUGUUGAGAGGCUAGCGGCUGCCAUCAGGAGAAUCAGCGAGACUCGGGAGUGA